GCUACGUGUGCGAACAUAAUAAACGAGCUUAUCGAUAUUUAGACGAAUUAGAUCCACAAAUUCAUGAACGUUUUGUCCUGUGCGUUAGACGCUACGAAAAAGUUAUUUGGUUCGUCGGACAAGUGAACUCAAUAUUCAAUAACGCUAUUUCCUUUCAAUCCUUCAUGACGUCAUGUGUCAUUUGUACGGUUAUUUAUAGAAUGAGCAUUGUGUCACCGACAUCCGUACCAUUCCUGUUUCUUGUUGGAUAUUUUCUCAUAUUACAAUUUCAAGUAUUUCUUUACUGCUUCUAUGGAGAACUCGUUAAAUAUGAGAGUAGUUUCAUAGUAGACUCGGCGUACAAGAGUGACUGGCGGCUGUUGUCUCCUUCCUUCCGUCGGCAGCUGCUUAUCGCCAUGGCUCGCUGGUCCAUACCCAUCACUCCUACUGUCUCUGGGGUUGUACGGCUCUCUCUCUCAACCUUUGUUAUGGUAAUUAGAGGGGCGUUCAACUUAUUCACCGUUUUGAAAACUACCAACAACGUGCAAGCAUCGAAUAACUAAAUAUCAGCUAAGUAUUAUACUUACAGCGUUAUUAGUUUUUCUUCGCUUUAUUAUUAAUAUU